AUGGCUGAUCCAUUUGCUCCGCGCUCGAUGAAGCGCAAGAACGUCAAGGGCCUCGCACUCAAGGCCGCCCCUAAGCCCCCACCAACCGCCGAGAACAACCAACACGAUUUCGACUCAGGUAGAGAGGAUACAGGAAAGGAUGGCCAGCUGGAGAUCGGAAUCGAAUACAAGUUGGACCUGAAACCUGAGGAUCUCGAGAUUCUGAAGGAGUUGGGCUCCGGCAAUGGAGGCACCGUCAGCAAGGUCAAGCACCUCACAACUGGAACCGUCAUGGCCCGCAAGGUGAUUCAUGUCGAGGCGAAGAGAGAGAUGCGAAAGCGAAUCGUUCGAGAGCUGCAGAUCAUGCACGGAUGUCAUUCGGACAACAUUGUAACAUUCUACGGCGCUUUCCUGAAUCCCAACAACGACGUUAUUAUGUGCAUGGAGUACAUGGAUGUUGGCUCUCUUGAUCGAGUUUCGAGAGUCUUCGGUCCCGUUCGUGUCGAUGUCCUGGGCAAAAUCGCAGAGGCGACUCUCGGAGGCCUGACAUACCUCUACACAAAGCACCACAUCAUGCACAGAGAUAUCAAGCCGUCGAACAUCCUGGUCAACUCCAGAGGCCACAUUAAGCUCUGCGAUUUUGGUGUCUCGGGUGAACUUGUCAACUCCAUCGCCGACACAUUUGUUGGCACGUCUACUUACAUGGCUCCCGAGAGAAUCCAGGGAGAGAGGUACACCGUCAAAUCGGAUGUCUGGAGUUACGGUCUCAGCAUUAUGGAGCUCGCAAUUGGCAAGUUCCCUUUCGCCGCAAGCGAGCAGCUUUCGGACGGGGAAUGUGCGCCUGCUGGUAUCCUGGACCUUCUUCAGCAGAUCGUCCACGAGCCUGCCCCUAGCCUGCCCAAGAGCGAUGCCUUUCCCAGCAUCCUUGAGGACAUGAUUCAAAAGUGUCUGUACAAGGAGCCUGAACGGCGGCCAACUCCACAGGAACUCUUUGACCGUGAUCCUUUCGUCCAGGCAGCCAAGAGGACACCAGUCGAUCUUAGAGAGUGGGCUGUAGGCCUCAUGGAACGAGAGUACCGAAAAUCCCACCUUGCGCCGCAACUCUCACCGUCCACCCAGGACCUGCUUCGCUCAAGCGACUCCCCAACCUACCAGACACAAGCUGACGACAGAGCCGUCCACACCCCCACGUCUGGCGAGAUCCCCAUCGCCGGGGCUGGAAUCGUCUCGCCUCGAGACCAGUACGCGUCUAACCAGAACCGCUCGCCUACCCGUAACGGCCUCGGCUCCAGCCGCACGCCAGGUUCCGCACACCCUGGUCUCGGAGCCAGAGUUGUCACGACGAACUCGAUACCCAAGAUGUCCGGCCAUCCGGAGAGCGCGGGUCCCGUCAGUGCAAAUGCCACUACCUUCAGUUUACCCGUACGACCCGCUCCCGGAGGCGGAGGCCUCCCCCCUCCACCACCCCGGAAGGAGACGCCGGACGAGCUGCGAAGGGAGAACCGGAGGCAGGCAACCUUUGGGCUACCGCCAAACCCCGGUUAUGGUGUAUAG